CAAUGGCCACCGCUCCCCAGCUACCUAAUAGCCCACCUCCCGCAGGCCGCUGAGCUGAGCUGGCCUGGUGAGCGGUUCCUGCAGCCCAGGAAAAUGGCUGCGGCAAUGGUGCUGGCCGCCCGUUUGAGCGCGGCGCGCAGAGCCUUGGCAGCCGCGGGAGUGCGGGGGUCGCAGGUCCGAGGAGCUGCAAGUAUGACUGAUGGGAAUGAAGUGGCCAAGGCCCAGCAGGUAGCCCCUAGAGGAGCAGCCCCAACUGUCUUCUCCCGGAUCCUGGACAGGAGCCUCCCAGCUGAUAUUCUAUAUGAGGACCAGCAGUGUCUCGUGUUCCGUGAUGUGGCCCCACAGGCUCCUGUGCAUUUCCUGGUUAUUCCUAAGAAGCCCAUUCCUCGAAUUACCCAGGCUGAGGAAGAAGACCAGCAGCUUCUAGGACACCUCCUCCUUGUGGCCAAGAAGAUAGCAAAGACUGAGGGUCUGAGAGAUGGAUACCGACUUGUGAUCAAUGAUGGAAAGCUGGGCGCACAAUCCGUUUAUCACCUGCACAUUCACGUACUUGGAGGCCGACAACUCCAGUGGCCUCCAGGUUGAACCUGCCAACUGAUCAAGGACCCCCAGACCUGAAUGCUUGGAUGGGGAAGGGACCCUGUGAUGCUAAUAAAUCUAUUCUCCCUCAAUUUUA